ACGGCGGGCGGGGCUCGGACUCUCUGCCUUGGCUCGGGAGAGAGGACACGGCUGAUACAGCUCACCCUGCUCCGGGAGAGUAGCCAGUGUGACUCACCAGAACCAGAGCCCCGCAGAUUGUACCUGACACGAUGGCCACUUCAUCAGCUAUUGCUGAUAAAAUUCAACAUGAUAUUUUAAAUUGUAAAAUCUGCCUUGAAACGAUGGCACAGCCCAAAAUGUUGCCCUGUCAACACACGUACUGUCAAGAAUGCCUCCAAAAGCUGGUGAAGGCUGGUAAGAUCAUGUGCCCAGAGUGUAGGGACGUCGUUGAUGUGAGUGCUGGCAUUAGCAGCCUGCAGACAAGCUUCUACAUCAACAGCCUUCUGGAUAUCUUCAAAAGCCCGGAAAAGGAGGAGGAGAAGAAGGAGUUGGUAUGUACCCUUUGUCCCCAAGGCUGGAAAGUCAAGAACUCUGCAGUGGCCCAGUGUAUCAGUUGCUUACACUACCUGUGUAGAGCUUGUGGGGACAGUCAUCAGAUUAACUACAGCACCCAUAACGUGGUGGACCUGGCCCCUGCCCUGCUGGAUAAAGCCGAUAUAGGGAUGAUAAUGCAGCAAAAGGUCUGCUGCCAGUUUCACCCCAAGGAGCGAGUCCGUCAUUACUGCAGCACGUGUGACCGGGUCAUUUGCUACAAAUGUUAUUCCCAUUCCUGCAACAAACAUAAACGGCUUGGGAUCGCUGAGGCGGCUGAGGUAAAGAAACCCACAGUGAAGAAACUUUUGGAAAGACUCAGCACAGUUCCCCAGUCUCUAGCCCAACAAGAGAGUGAACUGGAUGAAGCAAUGGACAAAGUGAAAACAACGCAAUUGUCUAUAAUUUCCAACUUAGAGAGCACUCUGACUGAGGUUUUAAAUGAUCUGUUUAAACAGGGAGAUGCCAUCAAAAAAACUGUUUCGGAGUAUGUGAAGAAACAGGAAGAGUUAAUCAAAGCUGCCAAAUCUAACCUUGAGCUUCAGAAGGAGAAGACAAAGAGCAUGAGAGAACAUGGUGAGAGGGUUAUGAUGGAUUGUAAUGCGAAGGAGAUAGUAUGUUUGGAGAGCAUUUUACAAGAUCAGAUCAGUUCAUUGCAACCAUUCAACAUCCAAGAAUUAAACAAAGCCUGCCCCAAGCUAAUGGUCAACAAAUACGUCCGGAGUAUAAUAUCAGAAACUCAUCUCUUCACUGUCACAUUGGGUGAAGGUUCAGGUCCUGAAUCCCAGCCAAUUUUCCCCAAUACUGGGCAGCUGACAUGCAUUGCUGAAACCCAGGCCACCGCUCAGUCCCAACAAUGGGCAGUUCAGAAAUAUCACUUUGACACUAAGGUGGACCAUAACAUGGUGCCCAAAUUGACAGGCAUCUGUACUUCCGAAGAUGGAGACAUCAUUGUUGCGGAUGAAGAGAACGCGGUCCUGAAGUGUUACUGGAAAGGUGGAUCAUUGAACAGGAUUAUCUCACUGCCAGAUGAAGAUGAAGACCCGUGUAGCGUGGCCAUCUGUGACGAUAUUAUUGUGUGUUCCGCCAAGAACAGGCUUUACUUCUUAGAAAUGGACGGAUCGCUGGUGAGAAAGCUCCUCCUCCGAGGCUCCGAGUCAGCGUACCCUAUUGCCGCGUAUGAAGAUGUAUAUGUGGCUGUGAGCGAAGGAACACUAUGUUCCAUCUCUCUGUAUGAUCUCGAUGGCCGUGUAGUUGACAGGAUUAAGCCAAGGGGUUAUGAUGGUAGUAGAUUUCUUUUCAUUGCAGUGAACAGUGAAGAAGAAUUCAUUGUGUCUGAUUGUGGGAAGAAAUGUGUUGUGAUCUUCACUCGAUCUGGAGUGCUCGUAACCGUCUGCAGUGAGAGCUUUGUGAAUGGGAUACAAUGUCAUCUUAAUCCUUUCAGUGUCUGUGUUGAUGGAAAUGACAAUAUCUAUGUCACUGAACCCAAUAGGAUCCUGGUGUUUUCGCCCACUGGAAGGUUUAAGAGACAGUUGUUGAGUACAGUUGAUGGCCUUCACAAGCCACGUGUCCUUACAAUCGAUCCAGAUGACAAUCUGAUCAUAGUCCAAGACAACAGGUUUGUUUAUGUGUACGCAUUGACUUUGGAUUAAUGGCAUUGCUGCCUGGGCUAGGAUUCAGAGUAAACAGGCCUCCUCUGUUGGGCUGAAAAUUGACGUGAGCCAGACCCUGAGACAAUGUCACCUGCUUGCUUCCAAAAUCAAGAGGGCCAACCCUGUGCACUGGACUGGAAAGGCUCACAGUCUUUGUAAAUAAAUAUAUUGAAUGGGGAGGAGCGCGGUUCUGGGGGUGGGGUUGUGGUGGUGGUUGUUCAGGGUUACAUAGCCGUCCCCAAACCGGGUUUUCAGUCUGAUGGAGAAUGGAACGAGGCCAGUCUGCCUCCUGCCUUCAUCAAAGUGAGGCCUGAGCCAGGAUGCUGCAUGACUGACCUUCCCAACCUGUCUCCAACUGGAGCCUUCAGGUAGCCCCAAGAGUUAUCACCCACCUCCCCACUCUCCACCAAAAAACAAGCCUAUUCACCAACCCAGCCUCUCCUACCAGCCCCCAGGCCAGCUCACCUGUAGACCUGGGGUCCAGUGCUGAUCGUUGGCCUCUUUGGUUACAAUACCAUCAGCAGCCACUGUAUGGCAUUGGUGAGUCCUGGCAGCUGCUGGCUUUGGAUUGGCUGCUGAUGGCUGGGCUUUCUGCCCCCAGGAUCCCUGAUCCCUGAUCCCUAAGAAGCCUUUCAUUAGGCAGGAUGAGACUUCCACCAGCGAGCAAGACCUCAGUAGUCGUUAAAUGCACAGUGGCUCGGUGGUUAGCGCUGCUGCCUCAUGGUGCCAUGGGCCUGGGUUUGAUUCCACCCUUGGGUGACUGUGCAGUUUGCACAUUCUCCUUGUGUCA